CGGAUUCUUGAGGCUUCAGGGCUUUAGGCUGCCUAAACUGGUGGGGUUCUUGCUUGGGGAAAUGCCGAUGAACCGAUAAGAAUAAAGAAAGAAGGGAGACAGGGCGGGUCGUCUGAAUAUUGAUUUCUCUAUACAGGUAAUUAGGUAUUUCCUUUGUGGCCUCACUGCUUCAAACUUGGGACGUUCAAGCGAGUUGUUUUCCGUUAAUACAAUGCGAUUUGCGAGCGGGGCAGAGCCAAAAGUUAUGUCUUCGUCCAAUGGUCAGGCCUCAGAGACUUCACCUCUUCUACCCAAGGUACUAUCAGAGAACAAUGGCGAGCUGAUAGCACCUACAUUCGACCCGGGAGCUGGUCUCGCUCCGGAGGGCGCAGAUGCAUUCUAUGAGCGAGAUGAGGAAGAGAUUGGAAACCAACAGGAUGCCAAUGGAGGGGGCGAUGAUUUGGAACGUCAGAGAAGCAAUGAUAGCAGUAGAUUGAAGCAAUUCCAAGGCGAUCUGGAGCUUCAGAAGAAGAUGAAGUACUUUUUGCCCGCUGUUGCAAUUGGAGUGUUCCUCGCUUCCGCCGACCAAACCAUCAUUGUGACUUCGUCUCCAAAGAUCGGUACUGACCUCCAUGCGCUGAACAACACGUCGUGGAUUGCCACAGCAUACUUCCUGACCCUCACCUCGUUCCAACCCUUGUACGGAAAACUGUCCGAUAUCUUCGGCCGCAAGCCAUGCCUUCUCUUCGCAUACGUCGUCUUCGGACUCGGCUGCCUCUUCUGCGGCCUCUCGCGCAACAUGACCGAGCUGAUCGCCUCCCGUGCCUUCGCCGGGAUCGGAGGCGGAGGAAUGGUCACAGUGGUAUCCAUCAUCCUGUCGGAUACCGUGCCCUUGCGCGAACGUGGCAAGUGGCAGGGCUACAUCAACAUCAUCUUUGCUUCGGGUUCGGCCGCGGGAGCGCCCCUGGGAGGCAUCUUGGCCGACAGUAUCGGCUGGCGAUGGAGCUUCCUGAUCCAGGGGCCCAUGUGCUUCAUUGCUUUCUUCGCGGUGCUGUUUGCAUUCAAGGCGCCGACACGGGAUCACUCGCACUGGGCCGAAAAGCUGAAAAGAGUUGAUUUUCUCGGAGCCACCUUCUUAGUCCUGGCUGUCUUCUUCAUGAUGCUGGGAUUGGACAGGGGCAGUAACGUUGCCUGGGCUGACAAGUACACCAUCACUGCACUGGCGCUGUGUGUGCCCCUAGCGGGCAUUUUCCUCUAUGUCGAGAUGCGAGUUGCGGCGGAACCCUUUGCACCGGGACACAUCAUCUUCGAACGCAGCCUCGUUGCGUGCUAUCUGGUCAACUUCUUCGCCUAUGGCGGAUGGAUGGCUACCCUCUUCUAUGUUCCGCUCUAUCUCCAAGCCGUCUUGGGGUUUACCGCGACCCAAGCCGGCGUGAUGCUGAUUCCCGUCAUAGUAUGUGUGGUCUCCGGGAGCCUUGUGGGAGGCUUCUACAUGCAGCGAACCGGACGAUACUUCAAGAUCACCGUGGUUUCCGCUACUACGCCAGUCUUCGCGCUGAUCUCCAUCGUGCUCUUCCUCGGUGUCAUCCAGACCACCCCCCUCAUUCGCUCCAUUGGCAUCAUUGUCAGCCUCUCCAUCUGUGCGUUUCCGCAUGGCGUCACCGUCACAACCACCCUGAUCGGGUUGAUUGCAAACGCUCCGCCAUCCUCCCAGGCCGUGGUGACUGCAUGCUCGUAUCUGUUCCGAAGUCUCGGCUCGGUGUUCGGCCUUUCCCUCGCAUCGACCGUAGCGAACGCGUCGCUCCGAACGUACAUCGCUCGGGCGAUCGCCGAGCACCCCGGCGCUGCACCCCCUGAUGUGGAUCCGGCUCAGCUUGCCGCUAUGAUCCGGCAGAGUCUGGAUACCAUUGCGAAGCUCGACCCGGAGUUCCGGGCAGUCGUCAGACAGUGCUUUGCGCUUGCUAGCAGAAAUGCCUUGGCUUGUCAAGUGGUUUUCGGUUCCUUUGCCGCUGUAGCAGUGUGGGGAAUCAGGGAGAAAGCACUGAGUAGAUGAUCAAAAUCAUGACCCUGCGGGCAGAAGCCAUUCCCAUUCCGCUAUUAGGGGAUGAUUUACGCAGCCGGCUAAGAAGAGACACAGGGCUAAUCAUGGUGAAUGAAGAUAAAUU